CUUGGCGCAAUUGUGGCGGUCCACCAAACCGAUACAUACAUAAUCCUCCACCUCACCGCGCUGCCCUUGCUCUCGACAUUCAUCUUCACCGAGACAAACCGUACCAACUGCAACAGAACUGAUUAUGUCUUACGGCUAUGGUGGCGGAUAUGCACCUCCGACUGGCGCGCCGCCGGGGUACGGAGGUGGUGGAUAUGGAGCAGGAGGCGACCAAGGACACAGGGGAUACGGAGCCGGAGCCGAACCUGGAGGCUUUGCACCGAGGGGAGCCAGGGGGCCGCCGCCCGGAGUUGAUCCUCAGCUGUGGAACUGGUUCACUGCUGUCGACACGGACGGCAGCGGCCAAAUAAGUGCCCAUGAGCUCCAGAAGGCGCUCAUCAAUGGCGACUGGACGCCCUUUGACCUCGACACCGUGAAGAUGCUGAUGACGAUCUUCGAUGUCGACCGCAGUGGAACCAUCGGCUACAACGAAUUCGCUGGCCUAUGGAAGUACGUCAAAGACUGGCAGAACGUCUACCGCCACUUCGACCGCGACCGCUCCGGCACGAUCGACGUGCGCGAGUUGCGUGACGCCCUUACGCAGUUCGGCUACAACCUCUCCCCGCGCCUGCUCGACCUCGUCGAGCGCAAGUACGACAUCCGUCAAGGCGCCGCUGGUCCCGGCCUCACCGCGGGCAUCACGUUUGACCGCUUCGUGCGCGCGUGCGUCGCCGUGAAGCAGCUCACGGAGUCGUUCCAGCGCCUCGACACCAACCGCAGUGGGUGGGUGCAGCUGAACUACGAUCAGUUUAUGGCCACCGUGCUAUCUGCCCCGUGAACGGUUGUUAUUUGAAUGAACGAGCUGUCGGGCCGCUGCAGACAUGAUGAAGGGCAGGAGAAGAAUUUGAGGCUCAGAUCUACAUACGAUGUACGAUACAGUAAUGUGAAAUGCGAUCGUUCCGUCCUUCCCUCCCG